AGGAAGACAAAUGGCGGCACGUUUUCUCGUUUUCCACGCGAUUACUUGAAAGCGCAUCUCCCAUUCAACCAAGUCUGUGGUUAAAACAUAAGCACGUCUAACACUCCCAGUACUGCUAUUUGCGACGGUGCACCGGCGGGCGGGCCGCCUUCUCUCUCUGGGAGAACAGUUUUUGGUUGAAAUCUUAUGCUGUUCUGCUAUAUUGUGCUGCUGUGCAACUGAUGUUUCAAGCUAAAGGCUUAGCUCAGAGAAUUGUAGGGACAGAAAGAAAGAAAACCGACAUUUCUAGAGUAAAUGUCUUCUGCAAGCUGUGAAUAAAGAACAAGGAACAGAAUGCAUCCUCCUUUAACAAUCCACAGGCACCCAAUGUGUGCUGAAAUUAUCGAAGAAUUCCAGAAGUGCCAUAUAGACCAUCCUCUUGGGAAGUUUUUUGGUCAAUGCACAGAUUUAAAAAUUAAGCUUGACAAGUGUUUCCGUCAAGAAAAAGCUGUGAAACGGAAGGCGAACUUUGAAGAGAGCAAAAAGUUGAAAGAGCGAUUGAGGGCAUACAGGAAGGAAAAUGCCGAGAUGAAAGAUGAGAAGAAUUUUGCACAAGCUUAAUCUAGAACUUUGUUACGAUUAUCAGAAAUACGACUUAAACGCUUGUGCUUGGAAAAGAAGAAUCUGGUGAUACAGGUGCAAAGGAAUUUACACUAUACAUUCUACAGCUUGGACGGAGACGUAUAGUUCCUGCCAAGCUCAUGACCUUUCUUUUACUGUUCUCACCAUAUUUUACUGUGUUUAGCAGCCCAAAGAAAUUUUCUUGUCUUCCAUUUUCUCUUUAUCGUGCUUGUUGCUACAGGCAUAGAUUUUUAUUUAGAUAUCAAUAAAGCACACUAGAAGUCUAGUCGAUUCAAUUAUAACCAUUGGAUCUCUUCAGUAGGCGGUCCUUUUUGCUACCCUGGAUGAAGUUGAAAGCUGCCUUGUUCUAAUACUGGGGAAACCUGGUUGUCACCUGAAUAACUUUGGAAUUGCUUCAAUUGCAUUUCCUAGUUUCAUUUC